UGAAGCGGUCACUGACUGGGAAGUCAGAAGGUACAUCGAGACGGUAUAGAUUCUUGUUUAUGAUGUAGGUAAGAUUGAGGAAAGAGGUGGAAUCUUUUCACGACGUAAACUACUGUUGACUCUAUGAUACCACAUUCCUAUCCGCGAUACGCGUUAUUCUUUGAUCGAUCAAUACCUUUUCCAAGAAUUGAGUGCAGACAACCUCGGAAGUAUGAACGCCCAGAGGAAUACAUCCGGGAAAAUUUCCCGGUGCGUCAUUAGCGCCAACGAAAAGUCACACUACACAUGCAACUACCUGAUCCUACCAAGCAUCACUAGAACACACGAGGCUACCCUUCGGCGAGCACUGCGCCGAAUAUUUGAAGUCUGGGGUAGAUCGCCGCUCACGAUGCGGAGAUAUUUGAUUGCGGGUGCAAUUAUCCGGUUUAGGCGUGCAUUUGUCUUAAAAGGUAUUUAAGACGACGAUGUGAUGGAGGCAACGAUGUCCUUGAGCGCGUUUGAAUCUUCUGUAGACCGAGAUGAGGGCAAUCAGCUUCGUCGUAGCAUGUCUCGCCACACAUACGCACAAGAUCUAUUCGAUUGGUCUAUGCACAUCCAAGAUAACCGCUACGAUGCAUCCUACAACUUCAUCCAGUACUCAGACAAAGGACCCUGGUCGACUCGCUUCACAGCCUGGUAUGUUGCCGGAUUAUUGCACAGAAAUCAGGGAGACGAUUUAAAACAUGCGGAAGCUUCUAUUAGGAACAUACUGGCAUGUCAGAUGACAGAAGACUUCGACGCUCCAUGGUACGGAACAUACAAGCUAUCUCCCGAUGAACCAGAUCCAACGCUCGAUUCAGGUUUAUAUGUACCAAAGAUAUACACGACCUACGACCCCAAUUGGCGCGACUUCAUUGGCACGCAACUAAUCCAAAUCCUCUCCGAGUUCUCCCCCCUCCUCGCCCCCUCCCUCAUAACCUCCAUCGAAGACUCGCUCGAAAUCGCCGCUGUGGGCAGUAUGCGUCGCAAUGGCACUUACCCCACAAUCGACGACAACUUAACAAUUGGCUACACAAACCCAGCUAUGAUGCGCGCUCUCCUCUGUGAAUACAUCGGCACACGUCGAUCCAACUCAACUUUCCUGUCCUUUGCGGAAGAUCAAGGAAAGAAGAUAUUGCAAUUGUUUCAACGAGAAGGCGCGGAGACGUUGAGCGAGUACAAUGCGCCUACGUACUAUGGUAUCGAUGUUUGGGCCAUGGGCGCACAGAUCAAGUACGGGGUAAGUGAUUCUAGCAUGACGAAGGCGGCGAAGUAUAUCCUGCCGAAGAUGAUGGGUGAUUUGGCGGAGCAUUACAACGGGUAUCUGGGGAACGUCGUUGGGCCGUAUGAUAGGGCGUAUACGAGGGAUAUCACGCAGCAUUCUUCCGUUCUAUCCUUGGUACUGUGGGGUCUUUGGGGCAGGGAGCGGACUAGCCAACCGAAGAAGAUGGAGGGGGAUUUGCUGUUUGAUGUCGCUCAAGGGGCGGCUAUGGCACUCGUCCUUGGGGGCGUGGAGAAACUUUUGCCGGCGCAUGUGGAAGAGGUGUUUACGACAAGAGACUUCGUUGGUGAGCCGAGGUGGCUGAACCGCACGGUCUGGGAUGAGCUGGAGGGAGGUGAACCGAGGAUUGCGUCCAGUUGGGUCAGCAAAGAGUUGAUGAUCGGGGGACAACAGGUGGAUGAAGAUGUGAACAGAGGGGAUCAGUUUGUUCCUGCUAUUGUUCACUGGGCGGGUGAUAAGGAGCAUAAGCCUUAUCCGCUUAACACCUUCUUUGCCCUGUACCCGUCUGCGUCGUCGAUCCACGCCGUCGCCUCGCCGAAUCAUCUGUCCGUCAGCUAUCCCAACCGGACGCAGGAAGGAAGCGAUAUCUUCACAUUUGCGCUGUCAAAUGUGCCGCCGAGUUGGACGCUGGGAACCGGAAGACGGAUUACUGGGUUUGAGGAUUUGCCGUGUGUGGAGAUUGAGGUCGAGGCAGCGGGGCUGGUGAAGCAGAAUGUGACGUAUGGUACGGCGCUGAGGAACCACCUGUUCUACAACAUCUCGUAUGUGGUUCCAGAGGACUUUGAAGGCGUGCCGAGGGUGGAGUUGGAGAUUAGGUAUACGUGCUAGCUAGCUGGCGAGGUAUGAUACCUUGACUGCUCUUCCGAAGCGCCCGUAUCUUUGGCAGUGAACUUGUCGUGGUUUGGUCGUAUGUAUUCUUUUU